UCUUCGCGGCCGGGAGGAGUUUUCUGGGUUGGGAGGAGGGGCAUGACUGCGCGGCAAAUCUGGCGGGAACGAGCUAAAGAGGAUUAGGGCGCGCGGCGUAGCGGUUCCUGGUCUCUCAAGUCGAGCGGCCCGGCAGCCGCUGUUGCUCGAGGGAAGUCGGGACGCCCAGGUCUAUCUUUUAAGCCUACAGCUGAACUUGGUUUUUUCAAAUUGAGAGUAUCUUUUAACAGCUCUCAGGGUCAUUUCUCAGCAGUAGAGGUUACAAGUAAUCCACUGAAUAACCAGUUCCAAAUCCUGUCAUCAAAUUCUAUGCUCCUAUUUCAAAUGGUAAUAGAUGCCUAAUAUUUCUUUUAUUUAAAAGAAAUGAGUGUAACUAGUAUUGCAUCAAGAGUUGAAACCUGGCUUUUAGCUACAUGGCAUGUUAAAGUACCUUUGAUGUGGCUGGAAGCUUGUAUUAACUGGAUCCAAGAAGAAAAUGAUAAUGUUAAUUUGAGUCAGGCACAAAUGAAUAAACAAGUGUUUGAACAAUGGCUCCUUACUGAUCUCAGAGACUUGGAGUAUCCUCUUUUACCUGAUGGCAUUUUAGAAGUUCCAAAAGGAGAACUGAAUGGAUUUUUUGCUCUGCAAAUUAUUUCAUUGGUUGAUGUAAGUCAACCUGCAUAUGCCCAGAUACAGAAGUUGAGAGGGAAGAAUACAAGUAAUGACCUAAUUACAGCUGAAACACAAGUAGUCCCAAAACCUUGGGAAGCAAAGCCUUCACGAAUGUUGAUGCUACAGCUGACUGAUGGAAUUGUACAAAUACAGGGAAUGGAAUAUCAUUCUAUUCCAGCUCUUCAUAGUGAUCUUCCUCCAGGAACAAAAAUUUUGAUUUAUGGAAACAUUUCUUUCCGUCUUGGUGUUCUCUUACUGAAACCAGAAAAUGUGAAAGUGUUAGGAGGAGAAGUAGAUGCUCUUUUAGAAGAAUAUGCCCCCCAAAGAGUACUUGCAAGAUUAAUUGGGGAACCUGAUCCUACAGUUUCAGUCAUACCAAAUAAUUCUAACCAAAGCAUCCCCAGAAUUACAGAUGUUCUAGAUCCUACAUUAGGACCUUCCGAUGAAGAACUCUUGGCAAGUCUUGAUGAAAGUGAUGAACUUGCAGCAAAUAAUGCCUCCUUGGAAAGAAGUUGUUUCAGCACAGGUAGUUCCUCAAAUGCUAUUCCCACCACACAAUUAGAUUUUGAACCAGGACUUGUUAUUUCUCCAAGACCAAAAGAGAGACCACGAAACCAAUCCAUGCCUUUCACUGAUGGGGAAUUAGAGGACUUUUCAUUGGAGGAGGUCUUGCUUUUAGAAGAAGCUGUCCAGAAAGAACAAAUGGAGACUAAAGAAUUGCAGCCAAUGACUUUGAACAGAACUCCAGAUGAAAGUAUAGAGAGAUUUUUGCAUAGAUCUAAUACUCUGAAUAAUUUUUCUUUGAUUUGCAAAAAUGGAAACAAUUGGAACAAAAAAAAUUUAUCUGAGCAAAUGACUAAUGAAGACAAAUCUUUUAGUUGUCCAUCUGCUAGAGACCGAAACAGUAGUACUUUUUCAGUUAAUCAUAAUGUACCCCUACCCCAUGAUUUUACAAAUGAAGAUAAGAAUUCAGAGCCAUAUAAUGAAAUAGAACAAGCCAGCAGUUCAGGUGGACAUUCCUUCAAUAAUAAAAUAUUAAAUGGAGAGCUGGUCAGUUAUGUACCAAAAAAGAGUGGAGACAUUUCUAAUGAAAGCGAGCGCCAUUUACAGUCUUGUUCUUUAAGAUCAUCAGAGAAUAGCACUAAUCUUUCUGUCACCAUGGAUUUAUAUUCUCCACCCUUUAUCUAUUUGUCUGUUUUAAUGGCCAGCAAACCAAAGGAAGUUACAACAGUGAAAGUCAAAGCAUUUAUUGUAACCUUAACUGGAAAUCUCUCAAGUUCUGGUGGCAUAUGGAGUAUAACAGCAAAAAUUUCUGAUGGUACUGCAUAUCUAGAUGUAGGCUUUGUACAUGAAAUACUUUUUAGUCUGAUAGGGUUUUCAGUCCCAGAAAUGAAACAGUUAAAAAAGGAUCCUUGUAAAUACCAAAAGUUCCGAGAAGGUUUGCAGAAAUGUCAGAGAGAUUUAAUAGAUUUGUGCUGUCUAAUGACUAUUUCAUUUGAUCCCUGCUUGUCUAAGGCAAUGGUACUGGCAUUACAAGACGUUAAUAUGGAACACCUUGAGAACCUAAAGAGGCGAUUAAAGAAAUAAUUUACUAAAAUUGUAUUAGAAAACAAUUCCAAAAAAUGAGGAAAUAUUUAGAAUUAAAUUUGUCCUUUUACUUUUGUAACUUUCUUUUUUUAGAAGGGGAAAGGAAGUUUUGUAACUAAUUUCAGUUUAAUUUAAAAAUGUUUAAUCAUGUUUAUGUGUUUUAAAUUUUUUAAUAAAAUUUUU